UGGAGGCGGCGGCCCCGCGGCCGGAGCGCGUCAUUGGAAGCGGCCAUCGGACAAUUCGAAGUUCCGGUGCUGAAAUAAGGACAUCUAGUUCUCCCGCGGACAACAUGGACAGUCUGCCCACAUUUGGCUCGAGUGGCGAGAAGACUUUGCUAUCUGUCACAAACAACACAGGGCCCGCAGCUACAACAGAAAGCGUCAUUUCUGACACUGAAAAAAUCAGCUCUGUGCAUUUGAUGGAGCACUUCUCAGUAGACCAGAACAGAAGUAGUAAUAUUUCUUCAAGUGAUGCAGAUGCCACUGAGCUUGGAGUUGUGCCUGUGGUUACACAUUCUUCCAAGACACCAACGGACUCAUCUGCUCAAAGUGAACAUGCAGUCAUUGGAAGUCACCACCAGACCCUGAGCAACUGGCAUGCUGAAAAAAGGACUUCUAGCUCUCAUACUGAAAGCACGUAUACUGCAGUUGCAUUCGGUACAGGUGAAGACAGGACAUUACAGUUGUUGACAAAUCGCAGUGUUUCAGUUGAUAUGCUACCAGGUUCUGGUUUUCGCACAGAAAUCCCAGUGUCUUCAGAUCUUACCCACCGUUCCUCUUCGGUAUCACAGGCUGGAGCGUCAGAUAUCCCUGAUUUCCCCGAAUCCUCAACAGGGUCAUUGCUUAUGCAACCCUCUUCAAAAACUCAUUUUCCAGCUGCUGAAGGUCAAAAGCAGCCAGCCAGCAUCUCAGAUACAGAGGGAAAGAUUGCCAGUUCUCACAGUGACAUUGCAUACGUCGCAACUCCAUCCCUGCGGGGUCUCCACGAGAGGACAUUACGAUCAUUAACAGACACCGGCAGCUCCACCUCUAGUGCUGAAAUAUCGAGCUCUUCAGAUGGAACUGAGUCCUCAUCUAUAAUGUCUGUCCUGCAAAUUGGUAGAAAUAAUAGCUCACUGGAUGCCAUGGGUUUUACAGAGAAUUCAACCGACCCUUUGCAUAAGGGUUCGCUCACUGCUACAGAAAGUGUUUCUGCUGCUAGUGGAAGCGGCCACCGAGCAGUCAGAACGUCAGCAACAGAAGAAAGGAUUCCUGAUUCUGGUGUCACCGGCACAUCUGUUUCAGCAGCGUUCCCCAGAACAGAGGAGAGGAUGUUUCCGUCUCCAACAAGCAGCAAGCAGCCUUCUCAAUUAACACACAGCUCCAGCUCUGGUGCUCAACUGCGCAGCAUGUCAGAUGUAAUCCAGUCCUCGUCUGCAUCUCCUAUAGCAGAAACUGAUGGAAUAAAUAUUUCACCAGAUGCCACAAAUUUCAGAGAGCCCUCAACAGAUCCUUUGCUUACGGAUUUUCACUCUUCUUCAGAAAGCGCAUCCACAGCCAACAGAAGCAGUCACAAAACAUCUAGCAUGUCUGCACUGGAAAAAAGGAGGACUUCCUACUACGAUACCACCAGUACGUACCUUUCUACUGCAUUCACCGGCACUGGAGAAAGGACAUUGCGAUCUCUCUCGCACAGCAGCAAGCCUUUGUUUGCAACAGAAAGCUCCACCUCUAGUGCUGAAAUGUCCAGUGCUUCAGGUGUAAUCCAGCCUUCAUCUGCUGCAGAAGAGACUCAGGGAUUUAACAUAUCCUCUCAGGCCCCAAGUUUUGCAGAGCGUUCAACAGAUUCCCAUCCUCCUUCAGAGAGCGCUUCUCCAGAAAGUGAAAGCAGCCAGCAACCAACUAACAUUUCAGUGCUGGAGCAAAGGACUUCUGAUCCUCGUGCCACCAGCAUGGUUAUUUCAACAGCAUUCACCAGAGCUGGGGAGAAGAUAGUGCAAUCUCUAACAAACAGCAGUCUGUCCCCCAGUGCAGCACAAAGCUCUGCUUCUAGCACUGACAUACCCAGCUCUGCAGAUGUCACUCAGACCUCCUCUAUAUCUGCUAGAGCAGAGACUAAUAAAGGAAAAGUUACAUUGGGAGUCACAUAUUUCACCGGGUCCUCAGCAGAUCCCAUGCCAACGCAUUUUCACUCUGAUUCACAAGCUGCUUCUGCAGCGACUGGAAGCAGCCAUCAAUUAAUUAACAUCUCAAGUACAGAGAAAAGGUCUCCUGGGUCUCAUACCACUAGCACAUACAUUUCAGCAGCCUCCACAAAUGGGGGAGAUAGGAUGUUACGAUCUGUAACGGAGAGCAGCAGAUCUGAUGCAACACAAAACUCCCCCUUUGGUGCUGAAUUAUCCAGCGCUGCAGAUGUGACCCAGUCCUCAUCUAUGUCUUCUACAGCCCAGACUACAGGAAUGAAGAAUGCCUCAUUCAAUGCUACAGAUCCCCCCCUGCUUACAGAUUUCAGCCUUGCUUCAGAAAAUGUUUCCACAGUCUUUGGAAGCAGCCACCAGGCAAUUAGUAUUUCAGAUACAGAAACAAGGACUUCUGAUUCUCCUAUCACCAGGUCAGCAACAAUCACAAGAGAUGUGGAAUGGAGUUUGUCUCUAACGAACACCAGCACACCUUCUGAUGCAAGAGGAAGCUUUGUGUCUAGUACUGAAAUGUUAGGCUCUUCAGAGCUGAUGCAGUCUUCAUCUAUAUCUUCUGUAACAGAGGCCCAUGAAACUAAUAGUCCAUUACGUGCCACAGAUUUCACAGACCUUUCAUUGGAUCCUUUGCUUACACAUUCCCUCUCCACUCCAGAAAAUACUUCAAGAGCCGCUGGAAGCAGCCAUCAAUCAAUUGGUGUCUCAGCUACUGAAGAAGGCACUUCUGGAGUUUCCACCACCAGUUUUUACAUUUCAACAACCUCCAACAGAGGUGAAGAAACAUUAAGGCCUCUAACCAACAGGAGCACUUUGACUGAUACAAUGGAAAGUCCCAGUUCUACUUCAGCAAAUACUGACUUGACAGAUCUAAGCCCGUCUUCGUCUUCCUUAGCACAGUCUAAGGGAAGCAGUGUCCCAUCAGGGGAGGAGGACUUCAACCAGCUUUCAACCAAGACUUUGCUCACACAUCCUUCCAAGAUCCCGAGUUAUUCAUCUUCAUCAGCUAAUCUUUCAGUUUCAGAUGGAGGAAGAAAGAUUUCCAGUUCCCCUACUGAGAGUACAUACAUCUCAACCACAUUCAGCAGAGGUGUGGAAAGGACAUCCCAGUCUGGAACUACCAGCAGCAUAGCCACAGAGACAACAGAGACUUCUGCUACUGAUACGGAUACGGCCAAGUAUUCAGAUUCAACCCAAAUCUCACCUUCAGAAGUGCUGACUGAAGGAAGGAAUUCUUCAUCAAGGGAUGAUGCACGUUUCACUGAGCCUUCAACUAAGUCUUUGCGUCCAUAUUUUUCCAAGGCCUCAACUUAUUCCUCUGAAGCUGAGGAUCCCUCCACAACUGGAAGAAGCCAUCAGUCACUUGGCAGCUCAAGUACAGAAGAAAGGAUUUCCCGUCCUUAUACUGACAGCACGUAUGCUUCUGCUACAUUAUCCAAAAGUGAAGAAAGGACAUCACAAUCUCUUACAAAUGGCACAUCUACCCAUACAACAGAGCGCCCCACUUCCUAUACAAAAAUUGCCAAUUCCUCAGAAUUAUUUCAUUCGUUUUCAGAGGUACAGACCAAAGAGAUGAAUGUUUCAGCAGAUGACAUGAGUUUAACUGGGCUUUCCACGGAGACCUUGUUUACACAUUCUUCCAAGAUACCAACUUAUUCUUCUUUCCAGAACGUUGCUUCAAGUAUUGCAAGUAGCCAUCAGCCUAUCAGUGGCACUGACACAGAAAAACGGACCUCCGCUUCUCAAACGGACAGCAUGUACAGUUCAACCACAUUCAGCAGAGGCGGGGAAAGGACGUUAUUAUCUAUAUCAAGUAACAGCACUUCUACAGACUCAUCAGAAAGUUCCACUUUUUUUACAGAAUCUUCCAACUCUUCCAGUAUAUCCCAGGCCUCAUCUGUGUCACAGAGUAGAGAAAAUAAUGUAUCAUCAAGUGAUGGGACCGUCACGGAGCCCUCUACUGAACCUUUACUCGUUUAUUCUUCUAAAAUUCCAACUUACUCUUCAACAAGCAGGAUACAAAAUACAACUCUGUCUUAUACUGGCUCUGAAUCAGCACCAACUGGCAGCUCAUCAUUAUCUUCAUCAGGGUUUCAGUCUUCUGCCUCAGUGUCUUCAUUCUAUCGAUCACCUUCAUCAACACCAGCACCCCCUCCUUUGUUCACAACAUCACAAUCGUCUCUACCACCAACUUUGUCAGUCUUGCCAUCAACAUCGCCUCCGCCUCUCCCUUUAUCAUCUUUACCUACUUCCUCACCAGUCACAGCAUCAUCAUCAUUCUCAUUCUCAUCACCUUCAUUCUCUUCACAAUCUUCAUCAGUACACUCCAAUGACAGCUCUCAAACCAGUGCGUCCACGGUUACAACAGGAGCGACAGAUGGGAGGGAGCCGUCCACGGCUGUGUUUUCUGGGAGUUUGCCCGGAGAAUACGACAAUCACAGUAGCACAUACCCGUUGAAGGAAAGCACUGGCUUCAGCUCCACAGAAUUGCCUCUUUUUCCAACUACAUCCACGGAGCACCUUGCUAAACAUUCAGCAUUCAUGCCAACUUCUUCGCUUAUGACAGAGAGCACCGCGGGGGCAGCCACUGUUGCCACAGGGGACAGCAUUGAAAAGACACCUUCGGUUUUGACAACCGUGAGUCUGAGCAUGGGUACGGAGAUGACAAACGAAUCAACCACUACCUUGCCAAGUCCAACAAGUCGGGAGGAAGACUUCGCCGUCGUGGAAUUAACAACAGAGAAAUCCAGCACUGUGACAGCACGUGCAACUCUUGGGCUGACUACGGGUCAUUCUGCUACUACAGAAGUCCCGAGAGUUCAAACUGUUGCACCCACAAAGUUGGCCUCCAUCACUGGAAUAACUACAGAAGUGAUGGAAGCUAGCACCACAGCUAGUAUUAAACUCACCAAAGAAAGUAUCCCGGCUACUCAUUUUUCUGCAACAACUUCCAUUAGCAAAACCACUGCUGGGUUUCCUAGUUCUUUGACAGCUACUACCAAGCCAGCUAUUGUUGCUUUAACUACCACCACAGUGACAUCUUCUCAUACAACAGUCGAUGUCUGCGCCACAAAGCCAUGCCUUCAUGAUGGGAAAUGCAUUGUUAAUCGCUUUACGGGCAAAUUUCAGUGCGAGUGUUCACCAGCCUGGCAAGGAAAAGACUGCAGUGCAGAUGUAGACGAAUGUCUUUCCAACCCAUGCCCUGUCAUGGCCACAUGCAACAACACCCAGGGCUCCUUUGUCUGCAGAUGUCCUCUUGGGUACCAGCUUGAGAAAGGAAAAUGCAAUUUAGUAAGAACAUUUGUUGGUCGAGGUUCUCUGAAACUUAACACUACUCAUGGGAAGUAUUCUGAUGUCCAUCAAGUCCAGGAUGAAAUAACAACAAUGCUGAAUGUGUCUCUCUCAACGCUGCCUGGGUACUGCCACUCUAUCGUUAAAGUUGCAAGGGAGUCAAAUUCUGUCCGUGUUUCAGUCCAAACCACCUUCUCGUUAGCCUCCAACGUGACGCUCAAGGACAUUCGUACCAAUUUACAAAACUAUGCCAGAGCUUGCAAAUCCCCUCCUGAAACCUGCCAGUUCCUCUCAAACCUUAUGCAUCUGCACACAGCUGGCGGUUUAUGUGAACAGAAAGACCCUGAAUGCGACAAAGAAACUUCUGAAUGCAGAGAUUUCGAUGGCAUUGCAGUCUGUAACUGCAGAAACGGAUACUUUAAAUACAACAAGAAGGAUCUUUCCUGCAGAGCUUGCGAAGAUGGGUUUAAGCUAGAGAACGAGACCUGCGUAAGCUGCCCAUUUGGCUUGGGGGGAUUCAACUGUGGAAACCCAUAUCAGCUAAUCACUGUGGUAAUUGCGGCUGCUGGUGGUGGACUUCUGCUCAUUCUGGGAAUAGCACUGAUAAUCACUUGCUGUAGAAAGAAUAAAAAUGACAUAAGCAAACUCAUCUUCAAGAGUGGGGAUUUCCAAAUGUCACCAUACGCUGAGUACCCCAAGAACCCCCGAGGACCAGAGUGGGGAAGAGAGACAAUAGAAAUGCAAGAGAAUGGAAGCACGAAGAACCUGUUGCAGAUGACAGACGUCUAUUAUUCGCCAACUAAUCUAAGAAAUCCUGAACUGGAAAGAAAUGGACUUUAUCCUCCCUACACUGGUUUGCCAGGAUCCCGACAUUCAUGCAUCUACCCCGGUCAAUAUAAUCCUUCCUUUAUUAGUGAUGAAACCAGAAGAAGAGACUAUUUUUAAUCAGAGUGAGUGGGAGUGGAAGGUUAUCGUAGUUACGUGCCGUGUGUUCACCAGGUACAUGCUGUCACCUGGCAGCUCACUUGAUGCCAGUUUUAGUCUUCACUUUUACGCGUAUGGAGGACUUCAGUCUCAAGACAACACAGAGCAGAGCUGCCUUGGGAGAACCCAUUCACAGCUGUGGUGGAGAAGCGAGGAGAAGAAGGAGCCCACAUGCAGAGCAAUAUAAGACACAAGUAGAAGUUCAAGGAAGUUAACCUGCACUCCAGUUUUUUCUUUCACCUCUUAACUUACGUCACGCGCAUGUGGUAGUAGAUCAGUACAGACAGACUAACUGAUGAUGGCGCCCUAAAGCUAAAACCACUAGGGAGUGUUUUGUUUACAGGUAUUGUAACUUGUUGGUCUGACUACUGUUUUUCCUUAUGGCCAACCUACAUGCAAAGAUACACACUGUGCGAUUGUUUGUGGUUGGAGGUUCGUGUUCACUGCAAACUUUUCUCCUUUUCUGUGCCCUGUUCCACUUCCUGCACUGGAUUGCCCACAAAUUACCAUUUUCUUAUUGGAAAGUAUCAGUCUCUCAAAAUGCCUGCUCAGCUGAGCCCUGCCUCUGGCCACGCUAGCUGAAUUCAUAAGCUGGCUUUUGUGAAGACAUACAGGGAGCUUAGCCAUGCCUCCUCCGUUUGAAUGGGAAACAAAGAUGGAGCUAACUCCCAGAAUGGAUUUUAAAAAUCUUCUUUGUGUUCAGAAAACUCUGAAUGUAGCAGUGUUUUGUCCACCAAUCUACAGUAUUGUUCAAAAAGUGUGGCUUUAGACUGUAAAUAGUCACCGUAGCAGUCCCCAGCAGGACCUUACCUAGGGCUGUAUCCCAGCCGGGAUUUCAGUGCACUUCAACAAGAGCGAGAUCAGGUAUUUCUUGAUGGAGUCUUUUAUAGGAAAGUAUGUAGGAAGCAGUUCUCAUUGCUUUGAAAAGAUGAACACGUUGCUGAAGAUCUGUAAGUGGAAAGUGGUUAAGUGUUAUAACAUUUAUGGGACAGAGAUGAUGUCAACUUUGGGCAGUGCAUAAGAGGGAGUGGACCCAAUGCCUGCCAUUGAUUUUGGUGGUAGCUAUAGGAAUGCUUUGCAAAACUGGAGGUCAGGUUUGUUGUAACGAGUUACACGCACUGUGAGAAAAGCACAAGAUCCUAAGUAAUGAAGGGUAAAGGAUUCUAGACUGACUUCUUCCAUCAGCCCCAAUAACAGGUGAAUCUGAGUGAAGGAUCAUUCACCACCCUUGCAUUUCAUUCAUGGUCAUUUACCACCCAUUUACCACGGAGCUAACUGGACAUUUUUUACUAAAAUGUUGCAAAUUUUUUUCAAAUUUUUCACCAAAAAAGUUUUCCCCUUUUCUGUUAAGUUUGUCAUUGUUUUUGAGCAAAUCAAAAUAUCAGCGUUUUUCAACAUUUAAAAAAAAUGCUGUUGCUCUCGAUCAAGUGGGUCUAAUGUCAAAAUAGUUUCUCAGUGCUGUUUUACAGUUGUUUUCUCCUGUUCUAUUUUGUGCUGCGCUGUGGUUUCCCCAAACACCUUUCAUUUUUUGAGAUGCCGCGCUGGGCUUUUGUAAUUCUAUUGAUCAUUUUGAAAGAAGCUCAAAGUUGAUAAUUUAUUACAUCCUUCAGCAUGGGUCUGAGCCAAAGGUCCCUGACUGCAUAGGUGGAUGCUUAGAGCAGUUCAUGUUAAUCAAGUACAGCAACGGCUUGUCUUCACUGCCAGUUCACACAAGUUGUAAGCUGAAUGUUGCUCCUAUUAUGAUUAUCAGUCACAAAGAAAAACCCUUAAUUACAAUGUAAUCGUUCUGCUCCGCAGGCUAAAGCUUAGGUCCAUCCAACCCCUUAGCUGCUAUUCCCUCUCUGAAGCACAGAUGAGCUCUGCUUAAGUGCUGCUGAUUGUCCAGUGUCUUCCCACAAUUUUUCCUGCCUGUGCCCAGAAAGAUAGGCAACUUCUCUCUUAGUACGCUGCAGAUGGGAGCCCAGCAGUUGUAUGUGUAUUGCAACCCGAAUGCCCUUUUGUGGCACGGCUGCCCUCACUCAAGCUUGACUACUUCAAGAAGCACUAGUGAAGAUAAUGCAAGUGAACUCUGCCAGGAAGACAUGUCCUGAGUCACUGGUCAGGAAAGGAGCUGUUUACCAUAGAGACUCUGAACCCCCGACCCCUUUCCACUGGGUGGCGGUAGACUUCUGGCCUCUGUUACUGCUUGCUCCCGCGAUGUAGGCAAGGCAUAACAGGUGUAUGCAUCCAAGGAGGAAGGGUCUCAUUUAUGGCAUGCAAGUCUAACUUGAGCUAAUGAGCAGAAGUAGUAGUGUGGCCACACUCCCAUGCUCUCACUUCUUUGGGGUCAGGCUCCCCUACCCUUCUUGUCCUGCUGAAACGCCACCAAACUUCAUGGCUGCCUUGGGCAGGGUCAAGCUAAUGUUUAGCAUAUCUCAAGCAGGGGCCUAUUUGCCGAUCCACACAGGAAUCUGAUCCUACAGGGUGCUGUGCAGUUAGUAAUUAUGAUGUCUCUGAGUAGGAUUUAGCAGGACUCCCUCUGUCAGUAAGGGUUGCAGGACCCCUGCUUUAACCAGUUGAAAAAUCACAGAGAAUUCUUACACUGUUUUUCCUUGUAGUGGCUUGGAUGCUGUUCUUAGCUUUGGAACGGGAAAUGGGAUCUUAUUGUUCCUGAUUUGGGUUAUCUCACACUCUGAUGGUUAGCUCUUCUGUUUCAUUUCUUUGUUGUUUUUAAACACGGCUUUGGAUGCAUUUUUAGCCCGUUAGCCUGGAUGUUUUAGGAUGUUAGCCUGGAAUUACUGAGCAGUCUCGUUAGAGUCAGCAAAGUUACCCACCUUGCAGGGAUGCAAGACUAAGUCUUUUCCAAAAGAGAACUCUUAUUAUUAUUAUUAUUAUUAUUAUUAUAGUAAAUCCUUGUGAGGAAGAGCGUGGAUGAUCUUUGAUGUUAUGUUGGAAUUAAUCCUUCAUUGGCUCCAUUUGCUUCAGACUGGCGCCCAAAUGGACCCAGGACCUCAUGGAGCAAAUGCAAUGUUUUUUUUUUAUAUACGAUCUUGACGAUAAACUGAAAUUUGGGAGGAUUUAUAGCAUUUCAUCCUUUGUCUUGAAAUUCUUCAUGAUGUCAUGCUGCCAACAAACUACCACCUCUUCCAGUUCACUUCUCAGCUGGAUCUACUGAUUUCUUCCCUACUAUAAAAAUACUGUUUAGGCAGAGAAUGCAAUUUUCCAAAUUCCACCGAAUUCCCAUUGAUCAGAACUCUGCUAGCCUGCUGAAAGGUGGCUGGGUGCACAGCAUCCCAGUGAGACGGUUACGGUCCUGAUCGUCAUUGCAGGGGUGUGAUGCGUUGCCGCCUGGCUCUCUUCAGCUAAACACAAAUCCCUGAUCUAGUUCUGACCUUGAUCUCUAUUUCUGUCUGCUUGUCACCUUUGUACACAAGUACCACGUGGCAAUGGCAUGUGAUGUGCUAUUCUUGUCUAGAGAUGAGGAAGAGUCCGAGAUGACUCUUUCUUCCCCAAUGCCAUUUUCAUUCUUUGGUGCUUUCUGUUACAUACCUAAAGAAAAGCGGCCUCAUUUUUUGAGGGCUCAGGUUCUAUGUUUAAGGAUCCCAGAACUGCGAUUUUGGCUCCCCUCCCAUGUGUCACAGUCACUAUUUUCCUGGGCGAGGAGGAUUAGAUAGAAAGGAGCGUGAAAGAUGUCUGCAGUCUGAGAUGAGCUAGGACAGGCUACGUGCCGUUCGCCUGAGGUGGUGUUUCCUUCUCCCCAGAGGUGCACCAACCAGCAAUGAAGAUGUUUGCAGAUCUACAGCAAAGUGUGUGUGUGUUGGCCCGAGUGCCUCAACAGCCAGGCUGAGAGAGGCAGCCAAUAUUCAGCCCAGCUGCUGGGGGUGUUCAAGACACACGGCUGAAGCUGAGGCUCUUAUUUACUUGACGGAUGGAAUCUGCUGCUUCUCUUUUCAGGUACCAACAAAGUGUUGGAGCUUAAAAUAGGGUGAUAGGAAGAACAAAAGGCCCUUUGCCCUUGACACCAUCAGUGUUGUGCCACACAGCUAAUUAGGCCAUUUGCUGUUGCCACAUCUCACCAUAAAGUCCUGACGUUGUGAUCAAAUGCCAGGACAGACACUCCCUGUACACAGGGGUGCAGCUGGGUGCAAGGAGCCCUUACUAUCCAGCAGUUACAACCUGCCUCUGAAGACAGCGCUGAGCUGCACCAUCCUAGAGAGAAACCUUUCUCUUACAAAUGAUGUGUGUCCUACAGUAUCUCUACAGGACUUUCCCCCACCGGUGCAUUAACACGAGGGAAGGACGUAGCAGGCUUGGCCGCUGUUACACAACCCUGCUAUAUUUUAUAAACACUCCUUCCCAAUUCUUGUCCAAUGUCUUUUCCAAAUCCGUCUGGGUUUCUCAUGCAGCCUACUCAAUGUUUGCUCUUUCUUACUUAAAUCUUGUUUUUCCUUGUUCAGCAUGGCUUAGACAGGGAUGAUUCUGCCUUGAGCAGGGGAUAGAUGACUUCCUGAGGUCCCUUCCAGCUUUCCUUUUCUGUGACUCUGUGCUUUCCGCGCUGACAAUUGUUUUUUCCUUUUAGCAGACCAGGGACCUAAUCCCACUUCCAUUAAAGUCCAAGGAAAAGUCUUCUCUGAUUUUAAUGGGAGUUUGAUCCAGGCCUCAACUCAUUCCAGCUUCAGGAUGACCUUGGUUUUCAUUGCAGAUAUUAUUUCAGCUCUGUCUUGUGCGCUGGACACUUGUGCGAUAUUUUUGCUGCCUUUAAUAUUGUAUUUAAUUUAAAGAAGUGUACUUAAUGUUGUAGCAAACCCUGUAUUAUGUGAGAUUGUACAUACGUUGUUGUGCAAGGUCUGGAGCACCUUCUUAGAGAGAGAAAGAAUGUGAAUUUUAUACGUUGACUGAUCGCAUUUCUCCUGUGCUAGGAUCUUCUGGGAUCAUAAAUGAUGUUUGUGCGUGUUCAUCAUAGUUGACGAACUGCUUUCUAAUUUCCGCUUUACUUCCCUGUUGGAAAGAGAAUGGAGCCCCCCACUUUUGAAGGGGGGCGUCUAGCAUAUUAUGUCUGUUUUGGGAGUUUCAAUGAGCCAUUGUAUAGCGUAUUUAUUUUUUUGUGUUUCUGAAUCUGCUGAGGCUCAAAUACAGGACAAAGAUACGUACAGAUGGUGGGGGAGGGUGGGGAGGAGGGACAAAAACAGCAGAACAAAAAGUCAAAAAAAUAUUUAUUUAUUUAGCAGAAAUAAACAUCUCAACCCAGUUUAGGAUUUGGUUUUUCGGUUGUAAGAACUGACUUGCGAUGAGUGGGCAGUACCUUUCCUAUGUGUUGAUUUGGGGGCUAUGUCGGGAAUACCUCUGUGGGGGGAGAAUGAGAGGUGUUGGCCUGACAGUCUUCAGAAGCAAUAUGCAAGUGAUCCGAUCCUUAUUUUGUCAAGACUUUCAUUGAAAUCAAUGGGUAUUUUUGCCUGUGUAAUCACUGCGAGGUGUAGUCCAGUGACCUGGAUACAACCACCUGAUAUGGAAAAGUCCCAUGGAAUAUAAAAGAAAAGGGUAAUUUUUCUUUCGGGGGGGUCCAAUAGAAGUUGAUUGAAAAUUCCUUCUCUUCAGUAGACACAGAAGAACUAACUUACAGGAAGGAUAUUUUUCCUUAUUAAAUUAUUUAGUUUAUCAGUGCAAUUCGGUGGAAAUCAGCUGGUUUCAUCCCUCUACGUUUCCAUAGGCUUUUUCCAAAUAAGAAAGCAAACCAGAUGUACCAUCUUGGGAACAGCUUCCAAACUGCAACAGUGACGUCUGUCUGCAGGGAAGUCUGUUUGAAAAGGCACCAUUUCUUUGUGUUUCUGUUAUUAAUCUGAAUGUACAAACAGUAGAGCUGCUUUAGGGUUUUCAUUGUUCUGGAUUUCCCUUUGCAUAUUUCUGAAUGUUAGCUUCUGAGUUGUGGUUUUUUUUUCAUUAAUUUUGCAAACCAGUGUUAUUUAAAGGUGUAUCAUAUUUGCAACCUCCACUAAUUACACAGUACUGUAGUAGGAAAGUAUAAUUUUUAAGGAUUGGAUUAUUUUUAUACCUGCAUCCAGUAUAAUUAAAUCUGGCGUUCUAGUCAGUAUCAUAAAAAAGAUACAAUAAAACUAUUAAUAUUAUUAUGACUCUA